AUGAGUCAUCUUCCAGGAGUAUUGUUCUUCUGGAAAGAUCCGGAAAGACCAAUUGAUAUGAUACUUCUCCAGUCAGAUCAGUCCAAGAGUUUUGGUAAAGAAGAGCAUUUAUGCUAUUGGGAGAUCCGUUUGACUGGAAUAGCUGAGGAUAUUAUUUUAUCCUUCAGUCUUACUCUCAGAUUCAGCAGUAAUCAAUACUCAUUCACAACACUCACAACUAUGGAAGGUGUCCCUUAUACUUCCUGGGUUCACGCCAAUCGUUUAAAAAUUGCAAAAUCUGAUGAUUUUGACCAUACCUGGUAUUACCCAACCCCUGCCCAUGCCCAAAUGCGCCGCGAUUUAGCCUUGGACUCUUCUUCUGCCCUACUGUUUUCCCUUGUGGAUUCUUCUGGGGUUGAUCGAGGACUAUCAACAGUUUCGGGAGGGGGUGAUGUCGGACAUUAUUUUGAUGAAUCCGUAAAAUCUGAAGAUAGUUAA